UGUUUCUGUAUCCCAAAAGCUUAGGGGGGGGUUUGAAGUUGAGUUUCUCUGUUUCAUUACCUAUGGAGCAUUUUUGAGUCAUUUUGACACUUGAGAGUUGAGACUCAUUGAAUUUCCCACCUGAGGGGGCAUGUCUCAAGUGAGAGAUCCGGCCAUUAAGCUUUUCGGUAGGAAUAUUCCGGUAGCUGACUCUCGGAUUCCCUCGGUUUCCGAACAAGGCUCCGGCUCUGAACGUCAUUCUCCGGCAAUUCCUUUAGUCACGGAUAUUCCUUCUGAGUUAGAUAAUAAAAAAGAUACCAAAAACCAAAAUCCCUUAAUAGAGAAUGAGGCCAAAGUAGAUCAUAAUCCUGAGGAAGACCGAGCUGCUAAAAAUGAUGCAGGUGGCCAAGAGAAGGUUUUAAGGAAGCCAAACAAGGUUGUCCCUUGUCCUCGCUGUACUAGCCUGGAGACAAAGUUUUGCUAUUUCAACAACUACAAUGUAAACCAACCUAGACAUUUUUGCAAGAAUUGCCAGAGAUAUUGGACAGCUGGAGGAACAAUUAGAAGUGUUCCUGUCGGGGCUGGAAGGCGCAAGAAUAAGCCUUCGGAGUACCAUCAAGUAGUGGUGCCAUCUAAUGUAAUACCAGUCACCAAAGCAGACAGCCUUAACUCUGCUAGCGACCAGCAUCCCUCAUGUCUUGAACUUCCUGCCUCUUUAAGACUUGACAAAGGAACAGGAGCAGUUCUAAAUAUUAGCAAAGAUGCUCCACUAUGUGAAUCCAUGUCAACUGUGCUCAAUCUCAAAGAACAAAAGAAAAAUGUUGAAAUUUGGCCUUUGGUUUCUGAGGAGAGUAGCGAGGAGCCCUUAUCAUCUGGCUCUUCCUUCACAGCUGCUACUUCCCACGAAAGUGAAUCUCCAGGACAUUGCAACAGUUUCAAUUUAACUCAUCCACUGCAGUGUUACCCUGUUUCUCAAUGUGCACGCCAUUGGAACCCAGGUUCGAAUGAACUGGUGUUUGGACCUGGUAGUAGUAUCUCUAAUACUGGUCAUAUGGGUUCUUCACCUAUGGUGCCAGUUCCUGGCUUCUGUGAACCAACAUUCCUGCCUCUUCCUGUGCCAUACUGGGGUUGCAUGCCAAGCUGGGAUGCUAGGAAGUGGAAUAAACAGUUGGUCAGAUCUAAUGGUAGCCCAUCAGUUUCAUCUUCUACUAGCAACAGCAGCUGUUCAGGUAAUAGCUCACCGAUCUUGGGAAAGCAUUCAAAGGAUGCAAAUUCACUGGCUGAAGAAACAAAGGAACAGAGCCUUUGGGUACCUAAGACACUGAGAGUUACUCAUCCAGAAGAGGCUGCAAAGAGUUCCAUAUGGUCUACUUUGGGUAUUGAGCCUGACAAGGAAAAAUCCAGCGUCAGAGGUGGCAUUUUUAAAGCUUCCCAAUCCAAAUCAAAUACAAAUUCUCAUACAUCAGAUGCUGAUAAGGUCUUAAAAGCAAACCCAGUGGCUUUUUGUCGAUGUCAAUCAUUUCAGGAAAGCACUUAAAGAAGCUCAUGUUGUUUGUACAUGGAUAUCAUCUUUUGGUGGUCUGUCCAUGCAUUGUGAAAGCCUAUGUUGUAUGAAGUGCACAAGAGUUUUAUCAUUUCUGCA